GAAGAAGACACCUCUCAAAUAAUUAGUCAUGCAGAGCUGAUCAGUAGAAUGAGGAAAAGUGCCAUUGAGUGCCUCCUUGGAAAUCUGCCAGUUACUAAACUUCAGAUGCAUCAGAGAGAGGCCUAAACCAAGGGCAUGAUCUGACCCAGGCUUCAGAAACCAUGGCGAGUCCUGCGAAGGAUAAUUAUCGAAUGAAGAGUUACAAAAACAAAGCUCUAAAUCCCGAAGAAAUGCGCCGGAGAAGAGAAGAGGAGGGAAUUCAGCUACGCAAACAGAAACGAGAACAGCAGCUCUUUAAAAGAAGAAAUGUGGAACUCAUUAAUGAAGAUGCUGCCAUGCUUGAUAGUCUCCUCAUGGAUUCUUAUGUCACUUCUACCACAUCAGGGGAGGGAGUGAUCACAAGAGAAAUGGUGGAAAUGCUCUUCUCAGAUGAUUCUGACCUACAGUUAGCAACCACUCAGAAAUUCAGGAAAUUGCUCUCAAAAGAGCCGAAUCCUCCAAUAGAUGAAGUGAUAAACACUUUAGGAGUGGUGGACAGAUUUGUUGAAUUCCUAAAGAGAAGUGAAAAUUGCACUCUACAGUUUGAAGCAGCAUGGGCGUUGACAAAUAUCGCAUCAGGAACCUCUCAACAAACAAAAAUAGUCAUUGAAGCUGGGGCAGUUCCUAUCUUUAUAGAGCUGUUAAACUCUGAUUUUGAAGAUGUCCAAGAACAGGCUGUCUGGGCAUUGGGGAACAUUGCUGGAGACAGCUCUGUGUGUAGAGAUUAUGUUCUUAACUGCGCUAUUCUUCCUCCCUUGUUAAUGCUUCUCACAAAGUCCACCAGGUUGACAAUGACUCGAAAUGCUGUCUGGGCCUUGUCAAACUUGUGCAGAGGGAAGAACCCACCACCUGAAUUCGACAAGGUGUCUCCCUGCUUGCCGGUGUUGUCCAGAUUAUUAUUCAGCAGCGACUCUGACUUGCUGGCAGAUGCAUGCUGGGCGCUCUCCUACUUAUCAGAUGGCCCCAAUGAGAAGAUCCAAGCAGUAAUAGACUCUGGAGUGUGCCGACGACUGGUGGAACUGUUAAUGCACAACGACUAUAAAGUGGCUUCUCCAGCCUUGCGAGCUGUAGGCAACAUUGUGACGGGUGAUGACAUCCAGACCCAGGUGAUCCUGAACUGCUCAGCUCUGCCCUGCCUCCUUCAUUUAUUAAGCAGCCCCAAGGAGUCAAUCCGGAAAGAAGCUUGCUGGACCAUUUCUAACAUCACAGCUGGAAACAGGGCGCAAAUACAGGCAGUCAUAGAUGCUAACAUAUUCCCAGUGCUGAUAGAAAUCUUACAGAAAGCAGAGUUCCGUACGAGGAAAGAGGCAGCAUGGGCUAUUACGAACGCAACAUCGGGAGGAACACCAGAACAGAUCAGGUACCUAGUAAACUUGGGGUGCAUCAAACCUCUCUGUGACCUGCUGACUGUCAUGGACUCCAAGAUUGUUCAAGUGGCCUUGAAUGGUCUGGAAAAUAUCCUGCGGCUUGGUGAGCAGGAAGCCAAGCAAAGUGGCACAGGCAUCAACCCCUACUGCAGCCUCAUUGAGGAGGCAUAUGGCUUGGAUAAGAUUGAAUUUCUGCAGAGCCAUGAGAACCAGGAGAUCUACCAGAAGGCCUUUGACCUGAUCGAGCACUACUUUGGAGUAGAGGACGACGAUGCUGCCCUGGCUCCCCAGGUAGACGAGAACCAGCAGCAAUUCAUUUUCCAGCAACCUGAGGCCCCCAUGGAAGGCUUCCAGCUAUAAUGUGACCAGAGAGGAAAAGAACACCACAAACUUGCCAGAAAGCAACUGGGAGAAGCCAGAUAGUCUCAUCCCCCCUCCUUACAAACAGAAGGAGCCAAACACCCAUUCCACCUGUUAGGAAUCGAGUCCUCCUCCUUCAGAAAAAGCUAGAAGCAAUGCUUUGUUUUCAUGGAGAGAAGGGGAUUUUUCUUACACAUUUUCUUUCUUUUUUUAUUUUUGCUGCUGCAUACAUGUCUUUAAGCAGGCACUGGGAUGGAGGAAGGACACUGAGGUAACUGAUGGCACCUCUCAUUUUUCUUUGUGGUAAUCUCCCAAACAUCACUUUUUUUUUUUAACCUCUGGUACUUAAAUGAAAUUUCAGCAGGGAUGGGGUGGGGGCGUAGGUAAAAAGUGAAAUCGGAAGCAAGCGUUUUCUUCUGACAACAUUAACCCUGGACGCUUGGGAUGAUCUAUUUAAAUUUUUUUUGCACAUAUUACUCUUUAUUAAAGACUCUCUAAUCUGCCAAGAGCAAAGUUUAGUCCCUGGCUUUUCAUGACCCUCCUUCAGCGGACAGCACCGUUGGACUUGGGCCCUGUUCUCCAUGAAACAUACUGUAAAUGAACAAAGGAAAAAUGGGAGGUUUCUCCCCGUUGCUGGGAAGACUUUUCUCGGGGAAGGAUUUUUCCCUUUUGUUGUCUAAAAAUAUUAUUAUUUUUUCUCUUUUUUUUUAAGAACUGUUAGUGAUAUUUAAAGAAAAAGAAAACAAAACCCCAAAGAUGGUCUUUGUAAAGAGGUGGGGGAGCUGUCUGGGUGGUCUCUUUUUUUUUUUUUUUUCUUUUUUUUUUCCUUUUGAAAGAGGAAGCACAGCUGCCAUUGCACAGGCUUCACUUGUGUUGCUACUGAUUGAAGUCACAGAACUGAAAUGGUGAAAACCCAUCUUCAUCCUUACUUGAAAUUUGUUUUUUGGGGUUUUUUUUUUUUUUCAUGAGAACAUGUUAAAAGGUUUUUUUGGCUUUUCUUUUGGAUGGAUGGGGUGGGGCGGGACUUUUUGUGGGGUGGGGAGAAAGAGCUACACUUGACAGCGUUGUGUGCAGUGUUAACUUCAGUAACAUAAGACCUGAGUUUUCAGGAUUACCUCCUGCUCACAGUUGGAUCAUGUACAUUUUACUUCAAAAAGAAGAGUCAAAUCUCUGUAUUUUUUAUAUAUUAUAUAUAGGUAGAUAUUUGUCUAAUUGGGCUUCAGAGAAAAAUAUAUAUGAAAUUUCUGUAAUUUAUGUAAAUAGGAUACUGUGAGGCAGGCAUACCUGGAAAUGAUGGUCUGUAAACUCACUCACUGGUUGUCCUGCUUCUUUUCCUCUGUUCACUCAUGUACUGUAUAAGCAAACAUAGAGUUGUCUUAAAUUCCUCAACCAGACUGAGUUUACUUAACCAAGAUUUGGUAUCACAUGUCAUGUAGGCUGUGGAGAAUACAAACACUUCUGAGACUUGAGGGAUGGGCGUGGGGAGAAACAUGGUCCCCUGAAGUGUCUUAAUACAGACUUGCAGUGCAGACCCUUCCUAUUGCUGUCUUAAGCAAAUGCAAGCUUCGAAGCCUUUGAGAAUGGAAAUUCAAGUGGGUGAGAGACAAGCCUUGGUGCCAGUAAUACAAAAUCAAAAAAAAAAUCUAAUUUGACAAGUCCUUCAUUGUUUGAAAACAAAUAAACUACAUCUGUGCAUUUGACUGAGGCCUGGCUGUGGCUAGAGUGAUAUCUAAUGUGUAAAGGUUUUACCACUUGCUACAGGACAGGUUUGGAGACAGGGUAUUAGUAUUAAAUGUAGCAUGGUGGAGAAUCUUAGCCAUAGAGUACUGGUGCUGUGCUACUGCAGUCAGUCUCUCUAGAAAAUUAGUAAGGAGUGCAGGCUCUUGGGAAGCACACUGAUGUUAGAAGCUCUAUUUGGAAAAAAAUGAGGCCAAAUCUUGUAUUUAAAAAUACGUAUGGCUAGGGCUCAUCAGGCUCCCUAUGCUAGCCAUUUGGCUUGUUUACAUACCUCCCGUUGCCAAUGCGAGUCUCCUCCCGUUGAGCAAAGUGGAGAGAAAUCCAGGUAACCAACCUUUUAAAGGCUGGUUUUUGCCAUCACUGAGAAGACUCGUUAAUUGAAGCUUUUAUGAAAAGAAGAUUCAUUGUGUAAUUCAGUGUUACUAGGUAUUGAGGUAGCUCUUUAUAGAAGGGAGCACAUUAAUUACACUUUUUUUUCUUUAAUGGAGGCACUUGACAUUGCAAUUGAUGGAAGAGAGAGAGAAGCAGGAGAGAGCUGAAUUUAUAUCCAAAUUCAAGUCUUAAGUAGAAAACUAGACCUCACACUUCAUCAGCAUGCUGGCAGAGUACUCCUGGAAUCUGAUACAGCAAUGUGGUGUUGGCAUCAUCCUAAUUGCAAUUGUCAUCUUUCCUCUCAUUCAGGGAAACAGGGUUUUGCCUGCCUAAAUGAAACUAAAGCACCUGGAUGCUUUUUGACAGGAGGGAGAAGUUUUUGUUCUCAUGUACAAGGUAGUCUUGGAGAGAGCCGCACGC